AUGCUUAACUUUUUAAAGAUGUUAUCACCUGCUCAGUGUCUGGCCAUUUACGGCGGGUCAGCACUUUUGGCGUAUAUCGAAACGUCAAAGUUCGAGAAGAACCAUCAUGUUCUUCUGAGUGCUCCGUUGGUGAUUCUGGCGCUCUUGUCGUUGGCGACGACGAUGAAUCCAAAAACCCGUUUCGCGACGGCUAUGUCAUUCUUGAUGUCAGCCAUUGCCACGUAUUUCCAAUCCGUAAAUCGAACAGGACCAACUUCGGCAAUCUUCUACACAAUUGCCAACGUCUUCUAUUAUUUUUCAUAUAGAGACAUCGUUACCAAAGUGUCCUCCCCAAUCAUCUUCCUUGCUGCAUGCAUUUCAUUCGGUCAAUUUCUCCACCUCAUUCAAGAUCUUCUCGUUGCUAUCCCAUUCCUCGCCACAAUUCUCACUAUCCUUCUUGCCUCCCAUGUCCUCAUCCUGGCCACCUCUGCAAGUCUCUGCCAGAACGGUCAACACGGAGAUUACGAUGCUCGUCAGGCCUCUACCGUUCGUUUGAUCGGAGCAAUUCUCUCAUGGCUGAGUGCCUUCCUCCUCCUUAUCAAUUCAUUCCAAACCCAUACCAAAGCCCUUCAUUCAGUCUCUCGUAUCAUCUUUUAUCUUGGAAACGCAAUGCUUUUCAUUGCUAAUGAGCGUGCCUUUUAA